AUGGAGGCCUCACGGGAGAAGGAGGAGCGGGGACGAGGGGGAGAGAGAGGGGGAAGCCCUGGCGGCGGCGGCGGCGGCGAGGGGCGCGGGUGCCGCUGCUGGGCGGCCGGCUCGGAGGGGUGUGUUCUUCGCCUCCGGUUCCCCCUCAAGUCAGUCAGCCUCGCGAGCUCGCCGGGGUUCGUGUCUCUUUAAAUCUCUCUCAUCUCAUUCCCUUUCUCGCCCCCCACCCCUUUUCUGCGAUGUGUAAUGGUCCUCUCCUCAAAAGACGGAGCGAACUCAAUCGAAGCCCCGCCAGGCCCGUAGCGGGACAAACCAACUGGGAAAGGAGCGGGGGUGCGGGGGGGGAGAGGGAGAGAGAGAAAAACGAGAGAGAGGGAGAGAGAGAGAACAGCGCUUCGCCCAUGAACCGCAAGGAGGCCCGGCGGGUGCGGCCCUAUUGGUAGCCGUCGGCUUAUGUCCCUCCUCUCUCCCGUUUGCCAUUGGCCGCCGCCGCCUUCCCUUACAGCGGGAGGAGGCGAGGGAAAGAAAAGGCGGGUUCGCCUGGGCCCGUCCCACCCUCGGGCCCCGUUGAUUGACAAAGGAAGUUGGGAAACCGAAAAGGAGGGGGAGGGCAAGGGGGGAAAGGAGCACAUGCCGCGGUGCGGGGUUGUGGAUUGGAGGGGCCGCCCGCCGCUCUCAUGCCACCGGGUUGCGGAUUGGCUGGGGAAGCGAUGUCAGGGCAAAGGGGCCGCCUUCCCCCAGGCAGCAAGCAGGAUGUGCGGGAUGGGGGGGGGGGACACAGAGCGCCGCUGCUGUCAUAUCCGCUUAACUUUGCAGCUUCUCUGUUACCCCAGUGAUUCCUUGCAAGGAGGGAGGAGCUGAGCUGGAUGAUGAGGAUGAUGCUUAAUUAGCCCUUGUCAAAUGCCCCGUUUUCUUCUUGCCCGGCUCCGGUUCUGCAGAUUCAAACCUCAGCCCCGCUUGCCGACACACCAGUGCAGCCAGAGCAAGCCCUGCUGGGCAAUUGCGUUUCCUCCACCCAGCUGACCUUGCUGCCGCCUCCCUUGUGGUUCUCCACGUGCUGUUUUUGCGUUCUCCUGGGCAACUCUUCCUUCACACGAGCAAUGGAAGAGUAGAGGCUUCCCUCCCUGCCGUCGCCGCUGUGCCUUGCAUUUGUUAAAUCUAAAGGAUUUCCUUCGGGUGGUGUGAACAUAUACAGUAGCGGGAAGAACCGUUUCUCCGCCUUCCUGAACCAUGCCCCACAUAUAAUAGUUUCUAUAUACAGUACUGUGUGUAUGUAUAUAUGUGUGUUUGCCUAUAAAAUACAGGAGUGCAUUCGGAGUUAAUAAGGCAGCAGAGUUCUUGUUCCGCAGGGGCAGGAGUGUUUAGUGCAUUGCAGCAAACAGCAAAUAGUAUUUUAGGCAUCUCAAAGACUUUUAACACAAAUUUUAUGAUGGCAUGCCUUCAUGUACUAGCACAAAGUUAGUACCUGGGGCCUCCAGUGGGUUGAGGGUUUGGGGGUGUGAUUAAUAAGAUGUCACUUGUGUUUCAAAGCCCUGUGAUGUAAACAUAAAACGCUCACUUUUGUUGAACCAGACCUUUGAUCCAUCUAGCCCUCUUGUCUCCCCUGGCUAGACAUGGCUGUCCAGAAUCUCAGGUAAAGGAGGAGUGGGUUUUUCCCCUUAGCCUGCCACUGGGGGGGGGGUCCUUUAAAUGCCUGGAUGGUGAACAUUUUCCCAUUUGAGAGCCACAUUGCAGUGGUGGGUUAAGAAGCAAAAGUGAGCAGAGCGACAGACAUGACUACUUGUGUAAUAGACUAGAUGCCAGCCAUACAAAAGUCAACGGUUCCAAACUUCCGAUUGAUAAGAACACCAUAUCUCUUCAUCCUGGCACAAUUCAAGGACAUCUUUCAGCCUUGCAAAAAUCCUCAAGGACUGUGCAGAGCAGGGCCAGUGAGGGCUGUGGCUUGUGGAAAGGUUCCAAGGUCUGGAAAGAGGCACCUGGGUAGGGGCUGAGGAUCCCACCCCUGCCUUAACUGGAGAUCAUAUUUUUCCUUGGACGUUCAGCAUACAAAAUGAUGUGCUUUGGCACCUCCACACAUUUCAUGUACAACUUAUUAGUAUGCCAGCCACCCUCCAAUAAUGGCAUAUGCCACAGGUGGUAUAAAUAGGGCUGUUUUAUUUUCAUAACAAUACUGAGAGGUGGGCUAGGAUGAGAAGCUGAGUACAAGCAAUACUUUUAAACACUUCCAGAGCACUCAGAAUUCUGGGCUCUGUAGUUUACCCUUCGCAGAGUUACAGUUCCCAACAAACCUUAACAAACUACUUUGGGACAGGCUCGCUCUGGAAUUUAGGAUAGCACCAACAAUUCAAUUUUUAAUUUAUUUAUUUUUAAUCAACCAGACUUUUUCAGAGUAGCAUUGUUGUACAUUGUUCCUGUUGGCUGUACAGAUGGAUUUAGUGUAUUGUUAUGAGUUUGCGAGUGCCAGACCCCUCUAAUCCCUAGAUCCAACAAGUGCUAAAAUCUAAUCAAGCCAAGCUAGUUUCCUGGUGAGGUGAUAGCCUGGGUGAUGAACCAUUAAGGGGCUCUGUGGGAGACAGCAGAUAGGUGGAGAUAAAGCCAGAGAUUGCAGAGGUAGCAGUGAUGUGACCUAGAAGUAAAGCAGAAAGUUUGAGAGAGGGUCAAAGAACAAUAUUUGAUUUCUGUUUGAAUCCAAAGCUGCAGCUAUGGCAGAAACAGGAAGCUUUGGGGUGUUGAUGCUAUGAAACCCUCCAUCACGGACUCAGGUUGUCUAUACGUGUAAAUAAAACAUAUAGUAUAAUGACACCACAGUCUUCUCUGUGCCUCAUUGCCAAAAGGAAACACGAACCCGGGGUAAGCACCUGUAACCCCUGGAAUCUUGCACUGCUCAGAGAUUAAGAGUGGUGUGCAACAGUGUUUUUAUGCUUUGGGUUUUGUUUAUUUCAUAUUUGUACACUACCACAAUGUUUUAAUGAAGCAUGGUUUGUACAUUAUUUAAAUAAAUAUAAACAAUCUGUUUCAGCUGUCCUUGGGUACGCUGAGAUCACCACUCAAGUCCCUCACCUCACCUGCUAAAUACCUGUAUAGCAGCUGGCUAUUGAAUGCAGGUGAGCAAGCUUAAAAAAUGUCAGCAGCUACCAUUCCUGGAAAAUACAGAAUGAUUGCAAUGAACUGAAUAGAUUGCCACCAUGCAUUUAGUAAAGAGCAAGUGUGCUCAUUUUUUUUUUUUACAGGGUAGAAGAGUACCAGCCAGGAUAGAGCCACUCCCUAUUUUGCAUGGCAAUAGCUGCCCUGUUCCAUAUUUGUUGUGGCUGAGGUUGUAAACUCAAUACACGUCUCUGGGAAGUACGUCUCACCAGGAUGUAUUUCUGAGCAGGCAAGUAUAAGCUUGCACCUUCAAAGUACGGUAUUUCUUGUGAGCGCUGCAGAGGUCCAUGCGACUUCUACUUUCAGAAUUGUUCCAGGUCCUCACC